AGUGUACAGGUCACCAUCUGUUCAUCCAUCCAUCAUGGCGUUACGUAAAUGUAUUUUACGUCAACGUAAAUCCCAGAUAUCGCUACCUUAGUUUUUAAGGCGCUGAACUGUUAUUUUAUUUUUUCAGGGGGUGGUGGGAGUGGAGGAACCUUUCAGCGGCGUGUCAUAUUUCCACACGGAGCGCUGUGACAGAGGGAUCAUAAAUACACAGUUGUUGCUGUCCGUUUUGGUUUGACUGAGAGGAAACGAUGAGUAUUUAAUACAGAAAAAAUAUCGUUUUCAAUGAAACGAAUCGACAUUUUCGCUGGACGUGAAAGCAGAAGCGUUAAGUUCGCUGGUUCCGGUGUCACAGAGUGAGUGGGUUCGGUCAUGGAGUCUUGUCGGCGGACGGGACUCAGUGGGGUCCUAUGUUCCCUGUCACUGCUGUGUGUCAUCCUGGACAUCCAGCUAGACGGUGUCUUGGGGGCAACACAUGUGGAGAUCGAGCACCACUUGGAAAUGGGCCGCAAACUUCUGGCAGCCGGUCAGCUGGCUGAAGCCUUGUCCCACUAUCACUCUGCUGUGGAGGGAGACUCUAAGAAUUAUUUAACCUACUACAAGCGAGCUGCGGUCUUCCUCGCCAUGGGAAAAUCCAAAUCUGCCCUGCCAGACCUGACCAGAGCCAUCCAGCUCAAGCCUGACUUUCUGGCAGCCAGACUGCAGAGAGGGAAUAUCCUGCUGAAGCAGGGCAACAUGCAGGAGGCCAGGGAGGACUUUGAAGCAGUGCUUCAACGCUCUCCAGAGCACGAAGAAGCUCUCAACCAGCUAAUGAAAGCAAAUGAGCUGGAGGACCUGCAGGAGGAGGCUCACGCUGCGUACCACCAAGGAGACUACAGCACGACCAUCACUUUGCUGGAGAGAGUCAUAGAGAUCUCUCCCUGGGAUCCUGAGUCGCGGGAGCUUCGUGCAGAAUGCUACAUCCGAAUGGGCGAUCCACAGAAAGCCAUCCAGGAUCUGACACCGACAACGAGACUGCGCAACGACAACCGCGCUGCCUUCCUGAAACUCAGCACGCUGCACUACAGCCUCGGAGAACACCACGAGUCGCUCAAUCACAUCCGGGAGUGUCUCAAGCUCGACCAGGAUGAUAAAGAGUGUUUCAGUCACUACAAGCAGGUGAAAAAGCUCAGUAAGCAGCUGGACUCAGCAGAAGAGCUCAUUCAGGUGGAAAGGUUUCAGGAGGCCAUUGAUAAGUAUGAGUCGGUCAUGAAAACAGAACCCAAUGUUGUUUUCUACACAAACCUGGCUAAAGAGAGGAUCUGCUUCUGCCUCGUCAAGCUCAAACUGGCCCAGGAGGCGAUCGAUGUGUGUUCAGAGGCUCAUCAACGAACCCCUCGCAACACGAACGUCCUCCGAGACCGAGCUGAGGCGUAUAUCCUCAAUCAGGACUACGAGAAAGCGGUAGAGGACUACCAGGAGGCCAGAGAGUUUGAUAGUGAAAAUGGUGAUAUCAGAGAUGGACUGGAACGAGCACAGAAAAUGCUCAAAAUCUCCCGUAAGAGAGACUACUACAAGAUCCUUGGUGUCAGCAGGAAUGCCAACAAGCAGGAGAUCAUCAAAGCGUACAGGAAGCUAGCACAACAGUGGCAUCCAGACAACUUCCAGUCCGAGACAGAAAAGAAGGAAGCGGAAAAGAGAUUUAUCGACAUUGCGUCCGCCAAAGAAGUCCUAACCGACCCAGAAAUGAGGCAGAAGUUCGACGCUGGCGAGGAUCCUCUGGACCCAGAGAACCAGCAGGGUGGAGGUGGAGGACAGCAGGGCUGGCCUUUCAACUUCAAUCCCUUCGAGUCUGGGGGCAGCUUUCAUUUCAAGUUCCAGUACAACUAGACAAACUAGGACAAGCUCAACAGGAGGGGCGGGUAGUGAGAGGUGGGUGGGGACAAUUUUGGAUCUGAUGGGACAUUGGGAGAACGAUCUGGUGGAUUUAUGGAAAAGUCUUCCUCCAGAACUUCAAACUGGACACAGUUUUGUGGGGACUUUUUUUUUUUUCCGCACUGUGUCUGGACAGCAGAGGCUGAAGCUAUUUUAAAGAAAGAACUGGGACUUUUUAACAUAAAACAAAGGACCUAAUGACUUUUGGCUCCUGUCAAAUUUACUUGUUGCUCUGCCAGAAAAAGAAAAAUGAAACUGUGUCAGCAUUUCAGAUCAUAGAAACAGAAAGCUGAUUGGUUAAAACGUCAUUGGAUGUCUACGCUCAGUAACCACUUUCCUUUUGUGCCAUUUCUUUUUUUAUGCAGUAGCUCCUCCUGGGACAUUUCAUGGACGUUUUCAUCAAAGUAUUCUGUUGACUGAUUUUGGUUUAUAGUUUUCACCAUGUCAAAGCAAUUCUCCUAUAGAAAACCAAAAUGUUUGUAUUUAAUGACAUUAGGAACCUCUAUGUUCAUUUGAAAUGGGUGAGACUUUAGCACCAUUACAUUAAAUUUGUGGGUUUAAAUGUUUGGAACCUUUCUGGAUCUUAAAUCCUUACAGUAGCUCCGUGAUUGUUUUUUGUAAAGUUACCUACUUGGAAUAUAGUGUGUUUUAAAUCUCAACGGGCUGUGCUAUAUGAUCCAGCUGCAAACAUUGAUGUAACCUAUUUUUUUCAAAGCUGUUUAAAACACAAUUUGACUAUUUAUUGCACAAAUAUGGCAACUGGUGACUGAGUUUACAACUGUGUUUUUUUUUUUGUCCCUCUCCACCUUUUAACUCAUUUCAAAGUAUCUCUUUGAAAACUUGCACUUUUUUCCCCAUUUAAAAAAUCACUCCGUGUUCCCUACUCUUGUGCGGUGCUUAAACUGUGGAGUUGGAUAUUUGUCCACCUGGUUGCACUGAGGCAGAAAGUCAAAAGUGUAAUCCAAGUACAAUUUUGCAAAUGAGGAAAACAGUUUGACUAUACUUUGACAUUCUUCUUAAGAUUUUACUUUUUUUAUGAGGACAAUUUAAGUUAUUUUUUCAAUAUCUUAAGGAAAUGACUGUAACUGCUUGAUUGUAUGAGCCAAUGUGACAAGAUUUUUGCAUUUAAAACUAACUGAGUGGGACUGUUUCUGGUGCUUUCUAGGUUUUGUGCGGUUAGCGGCAUCAAUUUUUCUGUUGCCAAACUGAAUCAGCUAACAUCCUCACCUGUAAUAAAAAUAUUGAAACAA